UAUUGGUGUCGAGCCAUCACUGAUCUUAAACGCGAUUUCCCCGAAAACAUACUCAUCGCUAGUAUUAUGGCUCCAUUUGUCAAAGAAGAUUGGGUUGAGUUGGCCGUCAUGUCUGAAAAGGCCGGUGCGGACGCUAUUGAGCUAAACUUAAGCUGCCCUCAUGGUAUGGGUGAACGUGGGAUGGGUUUAGCGUGUGGACAGGAUCCGCAUUUAGUGCGGAAUAUCUGUGUUUGGGUGCGAGAAGCCGUCAAAAUCCCAUUCUUUGCCAAAUUGACACCAAAUGUGACGGAUAUCGUGGAGAUUGCUAUCGCCGCCAAAGAAGGAAAAGCUGAUGGCGUAACCGCGACUAACACUGUAUCGGGUUUGAUGGACCUGAAAGGGAACGGUACCCCCUGGCCAGCCGUCGGUAUUCAGAAAAGAACUACUUAUGGGGGCGUUUCAGGCAAUGCCAUCCGACCGCUCGCCUUACGUGCCGUCUCUGCCAUCGCUAAGGCUUUGCCCGGAUUUCCAGUAUUAGCGACGGGUGGCAUCGAUUCGGCCGACGCUGGACUUCAAUUCAUAUAUUCCGGGGCAUCUGUACUACAGGUUUGCAGUUCUGUCCAAAACCAAGACUUCACUGUUAUUGAGGAUUACAUAAUAGGACUUAAAACAGCUCUUUAUCUAAGAAGUAUUGAUGAUAUGUCCGAAUGGAACGGACAGUCGCCCCCAACACCUAAGCAUCAAAAGGGAAAGCCUAUUCAUUUGUUUGAUGAGAAACUGCCCGCAUUUGGUCCCUACAAGAAGCAAAGGGAGCAAAAGGAUAUGUGCAUUAAUUGUGGCAAAUGUUACAUGACUUGCAAUGAUUCUGGAUAUCAAGCGAUUACUUUCGACAGCGAAACACAUUUGCCAUUUGUUACCGACGACUGCACCGGUUGUACGCUAUGUUUAAGUGUCUGUCCAAUCAUCGAUUGUGUGACAAUGGUUGAGAAGACUAUUCCUCAUUAUCCUAAACGGGGAAUACCUGUGAAGGGAGAGGUCAAGAAUCCGAGGAAAGUUAGCUUUCCUCUAUUGGCCCAAUGAUUGCGAUUUUUAUUUUCAAAUAAAAUUAUUUUACUAUAUAUUUGGAAAUCAGUCAAUAAAAUUAUAUUGCUUCGC